AUGAAAGAAUAUUUAAUUAAGUAAGAUGAAUGGUGUGGUGCUAUUGCUUUUAACAAAGAUUCCUCAAUAUUGGUAGCUGGAUGUAAUAAGGAUAUUAAAGUAUUUCAAUAUAUAUAAGGGAAACUGAAUUAAGUAUAAUUGUUAAGUGAGCAUACUGAUUAUGUACAUACUUUAAAUGUUAUGAAAAAAUACAAAUAAUUUGGUAUCUGGAAGUGA